CAUAAUGAUGUAAACAUGGCCGUGUCGGGUUUGUUAAAAAUGCAGAGUCUGCGCAGUAUUUCCCGAUAUCUUGGGUUACAACAAGUGAACCAAAAGCUGCUAAACCCGUGUUCACAGUGUUGUAGACAAAGAGCAUGCAUACUACUCACAAGACAGUUCUCUUCUGAAGCUAACAGUGAGGUCAAGAUUGCAGCAGAUUCAGUCAACAUUACCAACAGAUGUGUUGAGAGACUGAAAAAAAUCACAGCAGAUGAGAAGGGGUUAUUUCUACGGAUAUCUGUUGAAGGUGGAGGCUGCUCAGGAUUUCAAUACAAGUUUGAAUUAGACAAAAAUAUGACAGAAGAGGACGUUGUCAUUGAAAAGGAUGGUGUGAAGAUUAUUACAGAUACUGACUCAGUGGAAUUUCUGAAAAACUCAACAGUAGAUUUUACAGAAGAACUUAUACGCAGUUCAUUUCAAGUUGUGAAUAACCCUAAUGCUGAACAAGGCUGUUCAUGUGGUGCUUCAUUUUCUCUAAAACUAUGAACUUCGUGAAAUUUGCAUUGAUGCAAAGUAUGAUGCACAAACAAAUGAAAGAAUCAACUUGUUUUGUUCUGAAUGCUGUAUUAUUCCUAUAAACGAAUUCUUACUUAGUAUGUCCUACACUGACAAAUCUCAGUGAAGAGCAGAGCUGCACAAAAGGUUAUAUUCUGUACAUACAAUGUAAGAAAUGUGUUUUUUGGGAAUUUAAAAAUUGAUCUUGAACAUUUUACUGUUAAUGAGCCAUUUACCAACAAUGGAAGUCACAUAAUUUGGUUAAUUGAAUUGAAUGCAAAAUUGAAUUACGCUUAUAUGCAUGCUUAUGUAAUUACUGCACAUAUAUAAUACGUAAGUUACUUGUUUUAAUCAAGAGCAAGUUAAUCAUAAUAAAAUGAGUGCCACAUUUGGAUUGAUUUACUUACAGAUUAACUUAUUUGUUCAACAGUAUUGCCAAAUGAAAUAAAUUCUCCAAGACAAUUUAAAAGCCCUUCCAUGAAUUUUUCUUGGUUUUUGUACACAUUGUGGGGAAACUGGCAAACUUUGAAGAUAUUCUGAUAUAAAUGUUUUUGUGGCAAAUUUUGGAA